GUUAUGCGUUAACUUUAAUUUUGCGUCGGCUUCGAAUUCUUGCCGGUUCAUAAAACACACGCAAUACUCUAACCAAUCAGAGGAAACAUGCUGUGACCUCUUCCAAUCACAUCACAGAAAAAACUGAAACCAAUCAUGAAUUGGCUGACGCGCGUUUUUCCGCGCCCGGCACACCGGUUGUAAUUUUUCUCGCGCUUAGAACCAGUUACAUAUUUUCCCGCGCGUAUAUUAACACCGGUAUUAGCACCGGCUCUUUGCAUACUUUUGCUGAGAGUUUUGAUUGGUUCAAUGCGUAACUUGAGUCUGUCGUGAUUGGCCGCAACCGUAUGUGAAACACUUCUCGUAUUCUUUGUUUUCCAGUCACCCCCAAAGACAAGUUAAACUGCAGCAUGGCGAAGGUGGAAAAGAUGUGUGGAGAGGACCACAACAUUUACAUGAGCAAGUGUUCUAUGUUCGGCAGAGGAGUGGCAUUGGCUUAUUACGGACCGUGUAAAGACGAAUGUCUCAAAACUGAAGCAAAGGUGUGUGGUGUAGAUGGUGUGACGUAUCAGAGCUCCUGUCACGCAUCUCUUCACAACAGUCACGUAGACUACCCCGGACAGUGUGACGAAGUGUAUCCGACGAACAACCCUUUUCAGAACAGCGCGUUGGGGGGACAUUUCAACGCUCGCUGUAAAACUGUCUCAGAACUCCUUAGAUGUCCUGGAGCAGCCUGUGAAAAUCCUGUCAUUCCUGAGGGAAGCUGUUGCCCCAUAUGUGGUAAGGAGUUCAUCCCAAAAGUGAACAUUUAAAAAUAGUAUAAAAAUAGUCGACAAAUUUAACAAGCCAAAGACAUGGGCUGAUAUUAAACUGGUCUGGUCAUAAAACA